AGUGUGUGAUCAGACUGGGCGAUGGCUCGGACCAACAACCAACACAAUGGAUCUGUAUCUGGAAAACGAAUGUAUGGCGUUUUGUUGCAUUUAACUACAUGCGCGUAAAAGACAUUAACCGGCACGUACGCGUUCGACAGCGGCAUGCUGACGUCAGAGGAGCGUUCAUUUGGGCGUCUUGAUCCUCCCCAGAUCCCUCGAUUUAACGCGUCUCCGUGAGCGGAUACUACAUUGACAUCUCUAGUGGAAGAUGAAACGCUGUUUGUAAUGUAGCAAGCAGAAUUCGUUUGAUACUGUAAUGCUCCAAAGACCCUGAUACUUUAGAUAUGCCAUUUAGAUUUUUGUGUUGAGUAAAAAAAGAUUCGAAUUUGAGAAAAUACAUUUUAUUUUUCUGUUUUAUAUUUUGCAUACUGUUCAAUCUAGUAUGGUGGUUUAUAUAUGUUGACAGAGUUUUGGCUGGGGGCCAGUUUGUGUUUGGACACCCCAGCCACUCUCACUGUGUGUUGACAUUUACAUUUCAUUCAUUUGGAAGACACACUUUUAUUUAUACAGCUUAUUGUACAAUGAUUUAUUUAUUUAUUUUUUGCAAUCAGAAUGUGUUCCCUGGGAGUCCAAUCCAUGACCUUGGUUUGCCAGCAUCAUGCUGAGCUACAGGAACCCCUGUGAGAGUUUGUUUUGACCCAUUGACUGUGUGUGUGUGUGUGUGUGUGUGUGUGUGUUUACGUUUCCAUGCCAAUGUCCUGCUGUGGGACGUCUUUCCAUCAUGGUUCCUCUUCUCCGAGGAGAAUCAUCCAGAUUUCAGGCAUCAGGACUUGUCUGAAUCAGCCAUGUGCCAGUUCAUCAUCUGUAGGUUUCAGGAUGCUGCAGACAGCUGUGAGUUUGGAGGGAGUGGAGGAGAGAGAUGAGGAACCGGAGGAUGAAGGUGAAGAUCUGAGGGAUGGUGGGAUUCCCUUCAUCAUUAAUCGGGGUGGUCUGCCUGUGAACCAGGAGACAUGGGAGCAGAUGUGGAGGCAUGUCGCCCGGAUUCAUCCAGAUGGAGAGAAAGUGGGAAAGAGGAUACGGGGAACCAGUGAGCUUCCCAAAAUUUCAAUACCAAGUGUGCCUACAUUCCAGCCAAAUGCCAGUAUUGCCCAGCGCCUGGAAGCUAUACAGAGAUACAUCAGGGACUUGCAAUACAAUCACACUGGAACACAGUUUUUUGAGAUAAAGAAAACCAGGCCACUCACAGCAUUAAUGGACAUUGCCAAGGAAAUGACGAGAGAAUCUCUACCAAUCAAAUGUUUGGAAGCUGUAAUCCUCGGAAUUUACCUCACCAACAGCAUGCCGACUGUGGAGCGUUUUCCUCUCAGCUUUAAGACGCAGUUCUCAGGGAGUCAUUUCCGUCACAUUGUGCUGGGCGUUCACAGCGGCGGGCGCUUCGGCGCUCUCGGAAUCAGUCGCCGUGAGGACCUGAUGUUCAAACCGCCGGAGUACAAAACGCUGUCUGACCUCUUGCAGGAGUUCCACGUGGCCUAUCAGGGCUACUGGCACACACUGAGCAAGGUGAAGAUCGGUCAUUAUGUGUCACAUGACCCUCACAGUGUGGAGCAGAUCGAGUGGAAGCAUUCAGUGCUGGACGUGGACAAACUGUCCAGAGAACAGCUGAAGAAAGAGCUGGAGAGACACACUCGCGAUAUGAGACUGAAGAUUGGUAAAACUGCUCCUCCAUCUCCCACUAAAGACAGGAGAAAAGAUGUCGGUUCUCCUCUUAGGAACCCCGGCAGCCCCAUGCGCAAGAACAGUGACAGACGACCGUCAGUAGAGAAGAAACCGGUGCAGACCGGACCAGCUGCUGAUGUGAAUGGAUACCAGAUCAGAGUGUGAUGUCAUUUGUAAAGAUGGACAACAUACAGAAGUGUGGACUUAAGCUCAAUAGGAGUAUUGUUCACCUCUAAUGAAAAGUAUCAUGCUUCACAGGGAAUGUGGUCACUUAUAAGGGGUUUCAUUUAAGAAAGUUCAAUAUAAACCUCAAAUGAGUCAGUCAGUAGAAUUGCCACACUAUGAACAAUAACCAUAUUUCUAUUAACUUUUUUAAUUCACUUUUCACAAUAAUCUGUAAAUACGGUGCAAUUAUCCCAUAACUUUACUAGACACUAACCCUGCUUUUGUAGAGGAUAGUUUGCAAUCCAUUUAUUGGGGCCUUUUUAUGAACUUUGUUUUUACAGACACAUGCAUGUUUACUUGUCUUUAUGGGGACAUACCAUAUUGUUUUUAUAUAAAACUAAUUAUAAUGAUUAGACUAAUCCAAACUCCACACCUAAAAAAACCUUAAUAACAGAAUACUAAAAGACAUAAUUUUGUUUAUUUAUGAUUCAUUUUUCUAUUGAGGAUGUCCCUAAAUAAUCCCAAAGGAAAGUUGUCAUAAUGUACUCUGUCCACAAAUAAGAGUAUAGACAAAUACAUGAUUUUUGCACUUAGUAAAGCAUACUGCAUCUAUUUACGUUGCAAUCACUGUUGAUUUGGACAUUUAAUAUUUAGUCCAAAUAUAUUUGGUAUGAAUGAGUAAAAAGCUUGUAUCAGACUGUACUGUAGUUUGUGUUUUACUCUUUUAGGUGAAAAUGGUAAUGUUUGGUUGUGUGUUUCUGUAACAUGCAAGCAGCAGGGUAUAAAGGCACUGAAAUAGGGUCAUGUUUUCAAGAAACGAUUCAAAUGGGCACCUUUAAAAAAUAUUAGUGUUUCUGAUUAGUGUUGCAAAUAAAUAUAUACAGGGUUUGGUCAUUAGACGUAGUGAAUGCAGCCCUAGUCCUCAUUUGAUUUUUUAAUUUAUUGGCAGUAGUAUUUUUUUUUUAGAUGUCACAUGUUGCUCUACACAUUAUACAUAUUUAAUAUUUUUAAGUCAACAUGAAAUUAAAAUCGACCCAGUUUACUUUCCUUAUACAUGUUCUUGGUCUUAUUGUGCAUGAUUCAUUGGUGCGUGUUAUUCCAAGGGAAAAAAAAGAGUAUCUAAUAGGGCUGUCGAUUUAACAUGUUAAUUCACUGCAAAUAAUUAUAUUUAAAAAAUAACGUGUUAAAAAAAUUAUAAAAUACCCAGGCCAUAAUAAGAAAAAAAUCCUACCAUAGGAGCAAUUUAAGUUUGAAGUACCACCUGUUUUAAGCAGGGGGCAGGAAGCGUAACUCAAACAGACAGAACAAGAUGAGAACACAUAUUAGUGUUCAAACACAGCUGAACAGAGCGCAAUUCCCAACACAGGGAUCCAAAAUUGUGUUUUUCUACAUUUUAAACUACGUUUAACUUGACACAGCGAUCUAAAAACAGUAUGAUUAUGAUGCAACAAACAAAGACACUCCAAAUGUGUCCAGCAGACGCAGGUGUACACUGACACGUCUUUAGAAAAGCCCUUAUAAUCAAUCUAUCUUGGACUGAGUGACGAAUUCAACUGAAGGCCAAUGAUUGGCUUAUGUUUAAUAAUAUGGAAACAAACAAUAAAUUGCAAUCUAUAGCCACUUUUUCAACACUUUACUCAUCUGCAAACAUUUCAUGCAUUUUAAUUACCUAAAUGAUUAUUUUUAAAAUAUAUAUUUUAAUUGUAAAAUAUAACUAUAUAUACUUCUUUAAUAAUUAUAUAUUGAAUUAUUGUCAUUUGAAGGGCAUCCCCAGCAUAUAUUUGCAUAUGCAAAUAAUUUGAUCUGAUUCAUUUGAAUUGGCAUAUCAUGUUAUUAAUCCAUCAUUGAGCCCUCUUAUUUUUCAUCCUCAUCUAGAGACAAUUUACACCAUCCAAUCAAUUCCUCACAGAUUAAAUCCCACCCUCCAUUUUUUCUUCAUUAAUAAUCCCGUUUCACUGAAAUACGACACAUUACAGAAGUAAAAUGAGUUGCACACGCCGUUUCAUGUUGACUUUAAGAUGUUUUGUUAGCAGUUUCCUUAACUACUUUUUCUGUACUUUUUAAUUACAUCCUAAAUAUUAUAUUUUUUAUAAAGAAUACACUAAACACUGAAAUGUAGUAGAUUGUAGACAUGUUUACACACUGGUCUUGCAUUUAGCCAAACAUACUUGGUGUGAGACACUAUGAUGUACACUACUGUGUACUAGUGUGAAUCACUGCCGAAGUGAACGUUAUUAAAUGCUCUUGUUUGUUUUUCACCUCUGUGUUGUCGUGGCGUGCUGCUGUCCUACAUAAAUCACUCAAUACUGUUUUUGUCCAUUUCUGAGAACAAAUGAAAUGUAGUUAAUCUGUGAUGUCACAGCACUGUAUUGUAUGUCAUUGUUACACUUACUGGCCACUUUGAAACUUGAAAUGUAUGAUUCUUGCCUUGUAUAAAGUUUUUUUUGUCAAAAAAU